UGUCUGGUAAUUUAAUCAUACAGAAAUUAUAAAUCAAGUGAACAAUGAAAUAAAAAAAACAGUGUGUUUUCAUUAUUUUUCUAAUAUUUCUAAUCUGUCAGUUUCUACUUUUAAUGCUGGUGUAACGUGGUGGUUUAGUAUAUUAAAAAAAAAAAUUAUAUUCAUUAUUAUUGUGCCAGAGACAAAACUUAAAUAAGAUGUUUACGCAAAAGGUCGUUCUAAUUACUGGUGCAAGUUCGGGGAUUGGUGCAGAAACUGCUUUGGAGUUUUCCAAACAAGGUGCAAAUCUUGUUCUAACAGGGAGAAAUAAAGAAAAUUUAGAUAUGGUCUCAAAAAAAUGCGAAGAACUAUCUCCUAACAAAUUACAACCUACUAAAAUUGUAGCUGACAUAAAUAACGAGAAGGACAUUGAAAACAUCAUCGGUGUAACUAUUAAACAUUUCAAGAAACUAGAUGUUCUUGUCAACAAUGCUGGCAUUUUAGCACAUGGCUCAAUAGAAACAACAUCUUUGGAACAAUUCGAUAAUAUUAUGAAAACCAAUGUUCGUGGACCUUAUUAUUUAACAAUGUUAGCUACACCCUUCCUUAUUGAAAGCAAAGGAAAUAUUAUUAACGUGUCUAGUGUAUCUGGACUUCGAUCAUUUGAAAAUAUGCUUUCCUAUUGUAUAUCAAAAGCGGCAUUGGACCAAUUUACGAGAUGUGUAGCUCUUGAGCUCGCUCCAAAGGGUGUUCGUGUAAAUUCCGUCAAUCCUGGUGUUAUAAUUACUGAUAUACAUUUUAGAGCUGGCAUGUCGGAGCAGGACUAUGCAGAGUAUUUAGAAAGAUGUAAAGUUACUUAUGCUCUUGGUAGACCCGGUGAAACGAAAGAGGUGUCAUCGGUAAUCACAUUUUUAGCAAGUGACGCAGCAAGCAAUAUUACUGGUGUUACUUUACCAAUUGACGGUGGUCGUCACGCUAUGUGCCCUCGUUAAUAAUAUUAGUAUAUAGUAAUAAUAGUAUUAUCAUUAAUAUUCAUCAGUUAUUGUGUCAGUAAAAUCUUUCAACGUAAUCAUCUGCGACUCUACUGGAUUAUUUACUUCUACGAAUAAAACUUAUGCUUAAACUCUUUAAGUUAAGGUUAAGAGGUUAUAUAAUAUUUUUCACUUCAUCAUUAUCAACCCAUAUUCGGCUCACUGCUGAGCUCCAGUAUCCCCUCAGAAUGAGAGGGGUUAGGCCAAUAGUCUACCACGCUGGCCCAAUGCGGAUUGGCAGACUACACACACGCAGAGAAUUAAGAAAAUUCUCUUUUCACUUAUUCUUAAUCAAAUAAAGUACCCAGUGUACUAUAAUAAAUUAUACUGUAUAUUAUUUAUUGUAUUACUAAUAUUUGUAAACCCAUAAAUAUUUUGUUACUGUCUUAUGCUUAAAUAGUGCAGUGUAUCGAAAUGGAUAUUGAAUGCAAGUUUUAGUGUAUUUUAUAGUAUUUUUAAUAUUUUCUUGU